AUGGAAAUCAUCACGAAAAAGAUCUCAUCAGAGUUACAGAAUGAGCUGGAUCAAAUUUUUGAGGAAGCGAAGGGAAGUGGAGAUUUGUUGAAACGAAUAUGGCAACAGGAUCUGGACGAGAGAAAAGCAUUUUGGAAAGACCAAAAUCGCAAUGGUAGGCAUUAAAAAUUUAAUUUAGAUUGUUCUUUUAAACAAAUCAAAAUAAGAUUUUCUUGCAUACUAUUUGUGAAUUCCUAAAUGAACUGUUUGUUAUUACCAUUUUGGUCAUGCAACGUUACGUUAUGCCAAAUUAUUCCUGUCACCAGAAGCAUAUACAUGUAAUAAGCUUCUUAAUCACGCAUUUAGAAAAUCUCGAAUUAUAGUAUUGUUCAUUUGUUUAUGUAGUUUUUCAAGUCAAAUACACCCCCUAUGAUUGUGUUUUUGGAGAUGCCAUGUUAUGCCAAUAAAUGUAACUUUUGUUGAUGUCACGCACUCAAACUAAAGAAAAAAACUACUUUCUUUUAAAAGAAACGUUAAGGCUUUAUACCAAAGGAAGGAACAGCGACAGGGUUAUUUCAUUGUUUUCUUGUAGUCGACCUUGUUUUGGUGUUUUUGUUUAUGUACAGGGAAGGGUAGAACAAGGAACAGAUGGUCUGCUAUCACAUACAGGAUUGCACUUGCGAUAUCUACCAGAAGUCCAGCAGCUUAUGAGGCAUUAAUAAGUUACCAAAUUUUAAAGCUACCAUCAGUAGCAUCACUGAAGCAUUUUACGUCAGCAAAUAAACAGCCCACUGUUUAA